AUGGGAAAAUGGGAAAAUCGCACAAAUAGGAAAAUUGGAAAAUCGCACAAAUGCGAAAAUGGGAAAAUCGCACAAAUUGGAAAAUCGCAAAAGUGGGAAAAUCGCAAAAGUGGGAAAAUCGCAAAAGUGGGAAAAUCGCAAAAGUGGGAAAAUCGCAAAAGUGGGAAAAUCGCAAAAGUGGGAAAAUCGCAAAUGUGGGAAAAUCGCAAAUGUGGGAAAAAUCGCAAAAGUAGGAAAAUCCCAAAUGUGGGAAAAUCGCAAAUGUGGGAAAAUCGCAUAUAUGGGAAAAACGCAUAUAAGGGAAAAACGCAAAUAUGGGAAAAACGCAUAUAUGGGAAAAACGCAUAUAUGGGAAAAACGCAAAUAUGGGAAAAACGCAUAUAUGGGAAAAACGCAUAUAUGGGAAAAACGCAAAUGUGGGAAAAACGCAAAUGUGGGAAAAACGCAAAUGUGGGAAAAACGCAAAUGUGGGAAAAACGCAAAUGUGGGAAAAACGCAAAUGUGGGAAAAAAGCAAAUGUGGGAAAAACGCAAAUGUGGGAAAAACGCAAAUGUGGGAAAAACGCAAAUGUGGGAAAAACGCAAAUGUGGGAAAAACGCAAAUGGGGGAAAAACGCAAAUGUGGGAAAAACGCAAAUGGGGGAAAAACGCAAAUGGGGGAAAAACGCAAAUGGGGGAAAAACGCAAAUGGGGAAAAACGCAAAUGGGGAAAAACGCAAAUGGGGGAAAAACGCAAAUGGGGGAAAAACGCAAAUGGGGGAAAAACGCAAAUGGGGGAAAAACGCAAAUGGGGGAAAAACGCAAAUGGUGGAAAAACGCAAAUGGGGGAAAAACGCAAAUGGGGGAAAAACGCAAAUGGGGGAAAAACGCAAAUGGGGGAAGAACGCAAAUGUGGGAAAAACGCAAAUAUGGGAAAAACGCAAAUGUGGGAAAAACGCAAAUAUGGGAAAAACGCAAAUAUCGGAAAAACGCAAACAUGGAAGAAAUGCAAAUACGUUAA